GAGUGGAAGCGGAGCAAAAACAUGCCGCUACUCCACAGAAGAGCCUUCAUCCGACACAAACCACCGGCGGACCUGCGGCCGGAGGAAGAAGUGUUCCUCUGUAAAAUCACACACGAAAUCUUCAGGACCUACGAUGAGUUUUUUGAGAGGACCAUCCUCUGCAACAGCUUGGUGUGGAGCUGCGCGUUGACGGGGCGAGCGGGCCUGACUUACCUGGAGGCGGUAGAGAGCGAGCAGCGGGCGAGGCAGAACCUCCAGAGCUUCCCCCAGUCCCUGCUGGUGCCCCUGCUGCACCUGGCCGCUCUGAGCCAUCGCGCCAGGCUGUCCGAGCUCUGUGAAGACGUGUUCAACUUUGUCAAAGGCCGCUUCUUCCCCGGGGAGAUCGUAGAUGUCAGCAGACGCAACGGAGCCAGGCAUGUGUGUGAGAUCCUGCAGGUGCUUCCACCUUUCCCCUGCUCUCACGCCAAAGCGGUCACAAACGGACACACACGUGCAGCUGAUGCUGACACCAUUGUGAUCAGCGACAGUGACGAUGAGAGCCAUGCCUUCCAGAGUCCCAAAGCACAGGUCAACGGGAAGAAGAAGCCUCUGAGUCCAUCAGUAUUUAAAUACAAAGUGAGGAUGAUGAAGGAUGAACACAGUGAGACAUUUACUGUCAAAGCCAAUCAGAUCAGUCGUAGGAAGUCCACUUUGUCCAGAGAGAGGCUGAAGCUGCUCUUCAAGCAGCAUUGUGAGCCUGUGAGGGGGAUCAUCACACUGAAGGGCUCCACGGUGAAGAAGUACCGGCUGGCCGAGCAGACCUUUUCUCAGUUCUUCCCUGAUGAGCCCCCCCUCUUCCCCUACAGCUCCCCCUCAAAUGGAGGAGGGCGUGGCUCCCCCAAACAGGCUGGUCCGUUGCCGCUCAGCGCGGUGGAGGAGAAGCUGAAGUUAAUGCAGAGGAGGGAAGAGAUGGCUUCUGCUGCCCACGACAGAGCCCGGCUGAAGAGGGAGAGGGAGGAGGCCCAGGAGGCCAAGAGGCGGGAAAAAGAAGACAAGGACAAGGUCAGGGAGGAACAAAGGCGCCGUUUUGAGGAAGAGAAGCAGAAGAAGAAGGAAGAGAAGGAGCGCAGGAAGCUGGAAAAAGAAAGGGAACGAGAGAAACUGAAGGAGGAGAAGAAAAAAUAUGCUCAACGACUGAAGCUGUGGAACAAACCCAGAGAGGACAUGGAGUGUGAAGACCUGAAGGAGUUACCCAGUCCUCUUCCAGUGAGAACCCGGCUCCCAGGCGAGCUGUUUGGAGAAACUGUCAUGGUUCUGGAGUUCUUGAGGGCCUUUGGUGAGGCCUUUGAUCUCAAGGAUGAGUUUCCUGAUGGCGUCUCUCUAGAUGUUCUGGAGGAGGCUCUGGUUAGUUCAGAUCCCGAAGGUCCACUGUGUGAACUGCUCUUCUUCUUCCUCACCGCCAUCUUUCAGGCUCUGGAUGAGGAGCAGGAGGAGGUGGCCAAAGAUCAGGCUGAAGACCUGUGGGAGUCUCUGGACGAUGACCCAGACCCCACCUGGUCAGCUCUGAGUGCCGUGGCCUCGCUAGCUGCCGCCUGGCCGCAGCUCCAUCAGGGCAGCAGUCUCAAAGAGCUGGAUUUGGACAGCUGCACGCUUUCGGAAAUCCUGCGCCUGCACAUCCUGGCUUCCGGGGCCGAUUCCAACCACGGCAAUGCUAAAUUCCGCUACCAAAAGCAGGGCGGGUUCACGGUCACAGACGAUCCGUGCGUGGAGCUGCGCCUGGCUGAUCCUUCACUUCUGAAAAGACUGUCAUGCAGACCAGUGUACGACCUCACACCAGGGGAGAAGCUAAGGAUCCUGCAGGCCCUGGUGGGGAAGCUGCUGACACUGGCAUCAAGCAGAGACUUGAUUGAAGACUGUGUGGAGGAGCAGAGGGCAGCCAAGCAGGAACUGAGAGAGAUCAGAGCCAAGCAGCACCACAGAGAGAGGGAGGAGGCUGCACACAGGGUUCGUCUUCGGAAGGAGGAAAAGCUGAGGGAGCAGGAGCAGAGGCUGAAGGAGAAGGAGGAGAAACUAAAAGAACAAGAGACAAAGUUAAGAUUCCAAACAAAUGGUGAGGCAGCUACAAAACAUCACUCUCAGGGCAAUGAUGAUGAAAUUGAUCCAUCCAACAAGAUUACUUUGAAAGCUAAUAGCAGCCAGAAGGAAAAACAACAGAAAGAAUGCAGCUCUGACCCCAAACCCUCGUCCUGCUCUCCUCCCAGCUUGACUGCAGAGGAGCUGGAGAAAGAACAGGAGAAGGUUCGAGAGCUCCAGGAGCAGAUCCAUAAGGCGGCAGCCUGCACCUGCCUGCUGCCUCUGGGCAGAGACCGGUUGUACCGUAGGUACUGGAUCGUCCCCUCUGCCUCUGCUCUCUUUGUGGAGGACGACUGCUUCGGCCUGACGGAAGACAUGCUGCAGCCACGCCCCAAACCCGCUGAAGACUCGGCCACCAAAAUGGAGGACGAGGCAGCUGUUAAGACUGAACCAACUGGAGAAAGGUGGGUUCAGAGUCUGAAGCCGUCGGCAGAUUCUGCGUUUACAGAGCUUCUGAUCAUGUCCGAACUUUUUUCAAAAUUCCACAGCACUGGUUCAAGCCUGGCCCCCCUCCAAACGUCCAGUCUACCAGUCAACCGUCCCAACCAGUGGUUCUUCUACAGCUCCUUAGAGCAAGUGGAUCAGCUGAUCGAGGCUCUGAACCCGCGGGGGCACAGAGAGAGCAGCCUGAGAGAGGCGCUCCAGCAGGACAGGGACAGACUUCAACACCUGCUGCAGAACUUUGACCAGAAUAAAUACAGCCACACCGAUGACGCCGAGGCCCCUCAAACUGUCCCAGAAUGUGCUGCUGCAGCCGAAACUCUGAUGGAGGGGAGGUUAAGAGACUUACUGCUGGACCUGGAAGACCGUAUCCACCAGGGGACUCUGGGAACUCUGAAAGUGAUGGACAGAGAGCUGUGGCGCUCUGCGCUGGAAGCGGGAGAUUAUGAGCGGCUCAGCUCUGACGGCAGAGAGAACGCUAGGGUGAACGGACAGGUGGAAGCCAUGGAGGUGGACUCCGCCUACCUGAGAAGCAGAGACCGCUGCUCUGACAGGGUCCUGGAGCUUAAGUGUGAUACCUCAGCUACUUGCGGGACCAGCGGCAGUGGAACUCCACAGGUUGUCAACAGCUCGGUACGAAUCCUGGCUCAGGCACUUGGUCACAUUGAGCAAGGCAUUGAGAAACGCUUCCUCAAAGCUCCACUGGUUGAUGAAGACACAAGAAAAGACCAGAAAAUAAAGAAGACCAAAAGGAAAGAAGAGGACCAGGCCAGUGACGAUGGUGGAAGUGAAAGCGGUCGAGUCAUUAAGACGGUGCUGGAGCGAUGGAGGGAGUCUCUGCUGUCCUGUUCCAGCCUGUCGCAGGUGUUCGUUCACCUGUCCAGUCUGGAGCGAAGCAUUCGGUGGUCCCGUUCGGUCCUCAAUGCCCGCUGCCGCAUCUGCAGACGCAAAGGGGACGCGGACAACAUGCUGCUGUGUGACAGCUGUGAUCGAGGGCACCACACACACUGCCUGAGGCCCCGUCUCAAGUCUGUUCCAGAGGGUGACUGGUUCUGUCCUGACUGUCGGCCUAAACAACGCUCGAGCCGCGUUCCCUCCCGACAGCGGUCGUCCAUUGAUGAGGAGGAAGAUGAGGAGGAUGACGUAGAGGAGGAGCAGGAGUCCGAGGACGAAGAAGAGUCGGAGGAGGAGGAAGAAGAGGAGGAGGAGGAAGAAGACGAAGAGGAGGAGGAGGAGGAGGUAGUAGUAAAGAGCACCAGGAGGAGCCAGGCCCCGCCUCCCAAAGGCAGGAGCCAACAAGCUAGUGCCAGGAGUCAGCCUACCACGCCCAAGAACAGCACGGCCCCCUCAGGGAAAGGCUCCUCAUCCUCAAAAUCUUCAGGGAAAAAAGCCACACCAUCUACAUCAAAGGCAGCCACGGUUGCCAAUGGUAGAGCCUCUUCGCGCUCAGGUAAUCGGAGCAGCCAUGAGAUCUCAGCACCAGCCAGCAGCACCAAAAUGUCCCCCGGGCAGAGCGAGUCCACCAAGAAAGCGCCAGUCGGUGCUGCUCCACCAAAACCGCCCCGGAGCGUGCUUCCCGUCCUCCCGGCGUCAUCGUCCUCCAGCCGGCGCUCCUCCGGGAGGAACCAGGGCGUCCACGAGCUCUCAGCCUGCGAGCAGCUGACGGUGGAGCUGGUGAGGCAUGAAGACAGCUGGCCUUUCAUGAAGCUUGUGUCCAGGACUCAGAAGCCGAUUGCUCUUAGCAUCAUCAGAGAGAAGGUCAACAACUUUCAAUACCAGACAGCAGGUGAAUUCAUCUCUGACGUGGAGUUGAUGUUCGCCAACUGCCUCCAGUACAAUCCUCGCCACACCAACGAGGCAAAGGCCGGCCACCGCCUGCAGCAGUUUUUCCACUCCGAGCUGAGCCGACUGGGCCUGUCGGAGCGCUGCGCCGCCCCGCCCGCCAAGCGCUCCCGCCUCUGAGCCAACACCCCCGUGGCUCAUAGGCGCCCUUCUGACAGACACGCGGGGUUCAUAUUAGUUUGUUCACUCUUUGGUCUGGGCUCAGAGGUAACUACGUCCCACACAGACAUUAAUCUAUUGUUUAAAAAAGUAAACGUUCAAAGGGACAGAAUUUAGCUUGUGUAGAUCAAAUUCUCCUGAGAUGUACCCUCUUACAUGCUCACUUGUUCAGAAUUCCCCUCCUAAAGCGGAAAAAAAAAACUGCAGCCACUUUCUGGUUAUUAGGUGUAGAAAAUGCGCGGCUGCAGGUGUUCAGGGCAUUUUCCAGUCUGUGUGGGCACAUGGUGGACAUGUGGCAGACGGACACACAGACCCGUGGUGCUGUAGACGAGUAGAAUCAGUAGCGCUCCAGCUAAUUGUACCUGCUGUUUCCUUUUAGAUAAGCAAAACCACUUAAGAAUCUUUGCACUGACAGCGGGAAAAAAAAAAAAAAAUUCAAGACUGCUGUUGCUUGCUCAGGGACUAAAGCUUUGAUUUGAACGGAACAGUUUCUUCUCAGUGCAACUGAUUUUUUUUAUACACCGGUUUCAGGCUCAGGUGCUCACGGUGCUUCUAUAUUGACGUCUGAGGCUGUUGAACGGGUUAUUCUGGGAGGUUUCGGCCAGAUGAAAAAAUCUGGGUACAAACUCUUUUCACGUGCACUCGGCUGGAGUGCAGGACUGCUGAGCACACUGCAGGGUAUAGUCGGGACCGGUCAUUUCUCAGAAUGCCAACGUUCCGUUUCCAAGUGACCGGAAAUUAAAUUCAGGGGAAAGUCAUUAACUGUCAUUUGUUUAUUUAAAAGGACUUGAAACAGGAAUUUAAAAGUACUUAAAAGUAAUGGAUAUUUCCCAUGAAGUCAUUUUAACUCCACAAUCAGACUUUUGCGCUGUGAACAUAGAAAUGCACAUCUGGCUCCUAACUGUGACCAAGUCUUUUAAACAUUUCCCACUUAGCCAUCUCAAGCACAUUAACAGCAUUUUUUUUGGGGGGGGGUCUACUUCGAUCAUGGCAUCAGUGAAGAGAAGUACGGGAUCAGAACCAGAACUUCCGAUAAUCUGAGAGUUUUUUGCCACAGUAGUGACUGUCUUACGUUUGUUAUUAACCACAAGCUGCUCACGGGCAAAUGAAAACUUAAAGGAAGAGAACCCUCCUGUGACCUGAUGCCAUAUAGCAGAACCUGGAGCUCUGCACGUUUCGGCCGCCAGCCUUCCACCAGCGUAAGAUGAAAGCCUCACACUGUUCACACUCACUGCACUGGGAUGUCCCGUAGCUGAGCAGAACCAUCCAAAGUGUCGAACUGUUCCCUUUGAGACCUCGAGCUGCUGCAGCCUCUACGGAUUUGUAGUUUUUUGCGUUUCGUUUUUUCGACUACUGCGACUUUUUCCGGAUUUAAUUUGUUUUUUGUACACUGUGUAGCUGAGUUGUCUCUUUCCGAUGGUGUGAGUGUGUUUGUACGUGCGUGAAUGUGUAAAUGCGCUGCCGGGUGGAUGUUGGCUGUAGACUACACUGGAGCGGCUGCAGGCUGCCCCGCCCUCAGCCUGUAUUUAUUUAGUUGGAAGUCUCUGCUUCGUCUUUAUUUAUGACCACUAGCUGCCCUCAGCUUCCUGUUCUCUCACCUGUUGUUGUUGUUGUAAUGUUAAAAUAAACUGAGUUUUUAUAAGCA